UUUUAUCUGCUUUUCUCCGCCCUGGUCGUGUCCGAUGCCGAAACAUCCCUCUUCACCAUCACAAUCCCCAUCGCAAUCACACUCGCUUUCCCCGCCAGAACAACAGUCGUCUCCUCGCUUCGAAUUCGGUUCCAACUCUCACUCGAACUUCCACAACGCUUCACAAUCUCCACAACCGCAACAACAUGACGACAAUUCGCCAUCUGGAACCGCAUCAGCUUCAGGAUCAGGCUUGAAUUCUGCAUCUAGACACGAUGCAGACACAGCCACAGCCACCGGUUCCAAGAACGUCGAUACGCGCACUGGAAAGAGAAGAUACGCAGCAUCGUGUGAGGCAUGUAGGCGCAGAAAGAGGAGAUGCGAUGGGAAGGGAGAGAAUGGAGAGAGUUUGUGUAAGUUUUGUCCUCAGGCGGGGAUUCCGUGUGUAUUCCCAAGGUCCGGAGAAGCUUCGAGGCUCGAAAGCGCCAUAGCUACGGCAGAAGCUUCACAGUCUUUCAUCGAACAACUCGCGAGCGCCGGAGAUGAUGACCGGGAGCGGAUGCUCAUGGAGUGGAUGAAGCAGCGAGAUGAUGGCGAGGUCAACAAGCCGAUUGUGUCAACGAGGAAGCGGAGAAAGUUGGUGAAGAAGGAGGAGGUCGAGGAGGACAAGUUGGAUGAUAGCAGCAGUCUUCCCGAGACCAGUGCAGAGUCCACCAAGACCUCAAAUAUCAUUGCCGUUUUUGACCGAGCAGCGGACGAGGAUUCGUCCGUCAAGGAGACGGCUGCUCUUCGCCAGGACGCACUCAAUCGACUACUCGCGGUCGCCGUCAAUAGCUUCUCUGAAUUCCGUAUACCUACCUUAGCAGAAAGCCAGUUGAUGAUGGAGAGCUACUUCUGCUGGCAGAAUCCUCGGUACGAGGUCAUUUAUCGACCUGCUUUCGAAGAAAGCCUCCACUCUAGCGAACCUACGUUCUGCAACGACUUCCUCCUCUGGUGCAUCUACUCCCAGGCGUCGAGACAUAUACCGGAGAUGCGAGAUCGGCUCCAUGAGUUUGCGGCGAGGGCCCAUUUACUCCUGGCAGUCGAGCUCAGCAGGCCAAGUGCGAUUGCGACCGUUCAAGGUCUCCUCCUCAUUUCUGGUCACAAUGCGGCUGAGGGCCUGUACUCUCAGGCAUGGGUGAUGGCCGGCUACGCAUUCCGAAUGAUCGAAGACCUUGCGUGGGAGCGACCAAAUCGUAGCUACGAAGGCCAACCCGAGAAGCUACGGACGGCCGAAUUAUGCACGUAUUGGGCGGCAUAUACGUGGGACAAGACGUUGUCGUUGUCCCUCGCAAAAAAGCCUACCUUAAGGCCGAAAGAGAAGCCUCCACUCCCGUCUGUCGAUGAUGGAGUAACCUUGUGGAGACCUUUCUAUUCGGAAGUGCAGUACGCGGAGUUCACGACAAAGCCGUACUCUGGCGCCCAACCGUCCUUCGAGAUGAGAUGCUUCCGAUAUUCGUGCUCACUCUACCAGUUCCUCGACGAAGUACUCGAGCACGUUUACUCCAUCAAAGAGUCCCGCCUCCUUCAAGCUCGCGAUUUCGUUCUUAGUAUGCGAGAUCGCAUGAUAGCGUGGCAAGCUCAGGUGCCCGUCGAAAUUCUCCUUGACGCGGACAACCUUCCACCGGUGUCGCCACCGGCGCACGUCAUACAGUUCAAUCUUUUGGUCCACACGAUUUGGAUCCUCCUUUACCGCCCCUUCGCCCAAACCGGCUCCCUCGCCGUCCCAUACGCCGCCACAGCGUGCCGAAAGUCUGCCCAAGAUAUUGCCGCCUGCCUCCGCCUCUUCAAGAGUUCAUUCCCCGUCGCUCGGUCUACCUACCUUUUCGUGUAUGCCGCACUAUGCUCCGCCACCAUCGACAUGGGCGACGUCAUCAGCGCAAGUCAGAGCCAGGCCGUCGUUGGUAGCGAGAAGGACGGAGCGAAAGGAUCGUCCAAGAAGGGUACGAGCAAGGUUAAGAGGCGAAGUGGUGGGAGAUGGGGCGGAAAGAGGGCCGAGAAAGCUAGGGAGAGAUUGGAGACGACGCUGCCCAUUUUGGCGCAUGGGAUCAGGUUGAAGAUUCCGGGGACACCAAAGAUGGUUGGAGCUUUGAUGCAGAUGCUAGAGAGCGCGAAUGCGUUACAGCAGCAGGAGGAGCCAGAUGCGGACGAAAUCAGGCUGCACCCUCCACCCAUGGCGCCUGGUCCCUCUCAUGCCCCUGUAGCUGGCCCGUCACACGCCCCAGCAAUGGGCCCACGGCAUUCUGUGGUCGAAUAUCCCUCUUCGGCUGCCACAUUACCUUCCGUACACACUGCUCCAGCGCCCAUCCCGCCGUACUUGGGUGCGGCGUUACCUCCCAGCCGAAUGCGUUCGGAAAGUGCAGAUGCGACUCCCUACGGUGGUGUCCCGCCCAGAACGAACGUAUACCAGCACCAACUCCCGCUCGAGCAGGGCAUUCCGGGGCCUCCGCUCCCAGCUUCUACGACGUUUUUGGACGAAUUUUUCUCGUCGUUCAUGCCAAUGGAUACCAGUGCCGACAGCCAACCUAUGUCGUCGAACACAUCAUUCUCGGCGUGGCCCAGCGCCGGCGGCCUGGACUUCUUCGCGCUCCCCAACUCACUCCCAUCGCCCUCGAAUUCAGAUCACCUCAGUUCCACUUCGGCACCACAGAUCGUCCCUGGUCUUCCGAUACUCAGCGCGCAGGAGCAGAUCCAGAUGCACAAUAAUCAAAAUCAUCAGUUUCCUACUGCGUAUGGAGACGGUGGACAGGGGCAAGGGCCGAGUGCGGGUGCGUACGGGGGAGUAGGUGGUGGGAUGAGAGGGAUGUGAAGAGGGACGGUCGUAGUGGAGGUUAUUUAAAGUGGUUAUCAUGUUCGUGGGGAUAGUUCCCACUUUUCUUGGACGGUGCACAUCACUAUUCUGGUUGCUUUGUAACAUAUUGUACCAACAUCUAGUACCAUAAUUGUGUUUCCGAUUUACUGCUGUAUAUAUACUUCCUAAGUUGUAUGAUACUUUCACCU